UCCAUUCCAUUUGAUUAGUGUAGUGUGAAAAAUUAUCGAUUUCUCAUGUAUUCCGUGUGUACAUACAUGCAUGAAAAUAUAUCUCUAGUAUGCAUACAGUAUUCAUUAUACAUAUUUUUCUCUUUGGCAGUGAAAGCAUAUCCAAACUUAAGUGCCUUUCAUCAGCGUCAUGAGGAUGCACUCAACCAGGACGAUAACUAUUGACAUUGGAUUGGAAGCUAUUUGUACUAUUCACUAUAUAUAACUUUCUAUUCUUCAAGUGCUAGAUACACACAAGGAACAUCAGCACAAUAGAUAAAAUGUCAACCCAGAUACAUAACUAGGGAAAGAAAGUUUGUGGUUAGUACAUGUCCGAAUUUCAUAUCGAAAGGUUUGCGAUAAAACCUGAGACAAAACCUGAGACAAAACGACGCCAUAUAAAAUAAAUUAAUAGAGAACAAAAAAAAACUGCUCUUCAAUUUUAAACCGAGUACCCAAGUAUUUCCCAGUUUUCUACCUCUUAAAUAUACCUAAAUUUUUGAAAUUAUUAAAAACUAGACAAUGUGUGAUGACCUCGAUGACUUAUUGCAAUGCGCUAUGUGCGCAGCGUGUUGUUACGCGUGUUGUAUGUGCUGCAAAGGAGGCGGAACUGGAAAUAACGCUAUGGUGCAUCAUCAUCCCGGCGUUGUGAUGCAACAACCCGGCGGGUACUAUCCCCAGCAACCUGCGCCUUAUUACGUGCAACAACAAGCACACGGACCACAAGGGGGCUACAAUUUUGGACCCCAACAACAUCAAAUGCCGUUGCAGAUGAAGGGUCCACCAGGAAAUGAUCCAUUCCUCGCGUACCCACUGCCAUCAGCCCCACAACAGUAUCCACCACAGGGGCCUCCUCCCCCUUAUCCGUAUCCUGCGACUGCUCCAUACGCGGCUUAUCCUCAACAGCAGACUUACCCACCAGCCUACGAAGGGAUAUCGCAACAAAAGUUCUAGAUAAAUAAGUGAAACAGGGAUUACAGAUGUAUUCGACUACUGAUUAAUUAAAGUAUAAAAUUACGAGUACGUCAAGUAAUAUGUGUUAGUGCGAUUGUUAUCAUAUUUGAGUUUACGUACAUAAAUAAUAAAUACAAUAAAAAAACUGGGUUAUUAAAACUACGUAAAAAUCGAAUAAGAAGUUUACGACUGUA